AUGGAGAAUGAUGUUGGCUCUGUUUUAUUUUAUCAUAAUUCCAUGGAAAAAUUGGCCAAAUCCAUUGCGGAACAUUGCCAGGUUGGUUAUGACUGCAACGUAAUUUAUUCAUCUGGAGUUAUUCGAGUCAGAAAGGGAUUUUAGUAGUCUGGCAACUGCAAUUUGAAAAGUGAAAGUUGAUUAUCCCAUUACACCCCCAAUGCAAUUAUUAUACUGUCUAAUGCCAGACGAUUGUACGCGUCAAGGAGAGAGUGCUGGUGCUCAAAUGGGUUACCCAUUUAAGUGGCAAUGUGCUCAGAUGCACCCUACUUUAUUAUUUUACGCUGUCUAAUGCCAGACAAUUUCACUCAUUAAGGGGAGAGUGCUGGAGCUCAAAUGGGUUAACCCUUUAAGUGGCAAUGUGCCCAGAUGCACCCUACUUUAUUAUUUUGCUCUGUCUAAUGCCAGACGAUUUCACUUGUCAAGGGGGAGAGCGCUGCCCCUGAAUGGAUUAUCUGACCAUGUGUCUAGUUAACCCAUUGAGUCACCUUGUGCCCCGAUGCACCCUACUUUAUUAUUCUAUUUUACCCAGUGUCUAAACUCACCUAAUUUGCAAACAGGCUAACAAUCACUGCCAGGUACAAGAUUGGUUUGACAAUUUUUUAAAUAGUUUCAAAAAUCUUGUCUAGUGCAAGUCUGGAGGCAAAGCAGUGAAUCUAAAACACGACAUUCAGUGGAAAUCAUUUGAAGAUGGCUGGCCAAAUCUCUUCAUUGAAAACGUCAAAGAUAACUGCGCAGGGAGAGAUGGUAAAACAACUGGCCUUUUAGACUUCCGCAAAGUCCUUUUCAAAUUAUGUGACCAGGCCAUGCAUGUCCGCCAUUUAUGAGUGGCAACCCAAUCAGUAACAUAUAUACUAACAUGCGAUUUGCAAAGUGACAAGCUAGGCCACUGUUACAUGCAUGGUCAGCUUAUUUUUACCUUAAUUUGUUUUUUCUAGUUAUUUUUCUUGGAAGCUUUCACUCUCCAGAAGUUGUUUUUGAGCAGUUAUCUAUUGUUUACAACAUCCCAAGGUAUAAAUGCAUGGUUUUGCUGAGUGGUGCAUACCGGGGGGGGGGGGGGGGGGGGGGGUUACACCCCUCAUUUUCAAUUUGGACUCAAAAGUAAAAUUAGAGAGAAAAAUUAUAGAUUGUAACAUGAUUUUGAAAUUGUCAAGAAAGACUACGAAUUAGUGCCUAAUGGUUACACCCUGAACCUGGGACCCCACUAUCAGACAAUAAGCAAUAAGCUACCCUUGCAAUAAGCUCCCCCCCCCCUAGUAGAAUUUAAUUUAAUGGUUUGUAUUAUUUUUUCAGGUAUCUGGCCAGAUCAUUCACAUUCAUCCUGCCAUACUUCCCCACAGGAACAAUGGAACGAGUAGAUAAAGAAGGCCAAAUAGCCACGGCAAAGGUUUCUUUUAUAGAACUGAAACUAUUUCUCCCUUGAAUUAGCAAGUCACUUGUCAUCUCAAUAUUAAAUAUUUUUAGACAUUAUCAAGAAUGAUUUCGUCAAUCCCACUAACAGCGCGUGGUCCCGCGCAAGUUGUUAUCUACGACAUCCAUUGUUUGCAGGAACGAUUUUAUUUUUCAGAUGACGUUAUUCCAAGGUAUAUAAUUUAACUGCAAAAACGCAUUAAUAACUCAUGAUAAAACACAAAGAAAAAUCAUAAGCAUGUCGUAUCUUUAUGUGAUUAUGUCCUUUAUUUGUGAUAGAGAUUUCCCUUGAUUUACAUAAACUUUAACUUCGAUUUUUCUAGACUUACACAACGACACGUAUUUUUUGAAAAUUACUUCGCCAAUGAACUUACUAGAUCGAUCGUUUUUGAAGCUAUUUAAAACUGAUUCGCAGUGCGUGUUUUAUCGGACCUAAAGAUACUCCGCUUCGCCUCGUAUCUUUAUCUAGUACUUAACUCAUUAAUCAUUAUGCUGCAAUGUGCCCAAAUGCACAAAACUUUAUUAUUUUACUCAGUCUAACGCCAGACAUUUUACUUGUCAAGGAAGAUGCUUGCACACUGAUGGGCCAAUGGCCUAAACUAACUUUAUUUUUACUUGAUAUCCAGUGUUUCUAGUAAUCUAGAGGACAAUUAGUCAUUUCCCAAAGUCCUGCGUCUAGUCGCGCAAAUCCCAAAUCUCGUUCCUCAAGCCUGCGAUCCUCGGGAAGGAACGCGAAGCUCUGGGAUAAUCCGUUUCAAGGAGGAAUCUGAUUGGCCGUUGAUAUGGAAUGCGCUGUUCAAUCUUAGCCAGAAUUCCUGGCUUCCGGCAACGGAUUAUCCCAGAGCCUCACGCCCUUUCCCGAGGAUCGCAGGCUCGGGGAACGAGAUUGGCAAAUUCCAUGUUAGAGGGACAAGAAAUAUAUUAGAGGGACAAGAAACCUACUACAGACUUUAAUCCUCCCUUGUUGUCAUUGUUUCUUUAAAAACAGGUUAGAAACUGCCAUUCCUCUUUUACUUGCGAAACUGAAGACGUUUCCUGACAAAGAGAAGAUCAGUAUCGCCUUCCCUGACGAAGGAGCGUUCAAGCGUUUUCAUACGCAAUUCGAAGAAUAUCCAACCAUCAUUUGCAUCAAACAAAGGGAGGGAAACAAACGAAUUGUAAAAAUUAAAGACGGUAGGUUUUGAGCCUUGUGAUCAACGGGGUUCACGGCGUUCCUUUCCAAGCUCACAGACCGAGAGGUUUGCGAAAUAACUACAUACGGUUUUAAUUCUUUGGACAAAAACAAAUAGUUUAUUUCUUUGAUCAUUACAGGUGAGCCAGAUUCCCGACAUGUUAUCAUUGUGGAUGAUCUCAUCAAAACGGGAGGAACUAUUUUAGAAUGUGCCAAGGUGCGCGCAUAUGAGAAUUUGUCUAACUUUUCAUUUGUAAAUGAGUCCAAAAACGAGCUCGACUAAAUUGAGUAGGAAAAUUUGUAAUCUGGGUCCAAUUUUCGCCCACAUUCUGUAGGAAACGAGGUGGAAGAUUGAUAACGCUAAUUCGGAAUACUGGAUGGCAUGAAGAACAGUGGGAUUUUCAAAACAAUGAAAAGACAAUGGAACAUUCUGAUCACUGGAUCAAUUAAUUGACUGAACAGCGGGAUUUUCAAAACAAUGAAAAAACAAUGACAACAUAAUUGGAUGGCAGUAUUAAUGCCAAGUGUUAUAGAAAGGGGCAUGGGGCAGAGAUGAUAUUGAUAUUUGUCUUUCCGGUCAAAUUUGUGAAAUUUUUGUUCCAAAAAUUUAGGCCCUGAAGAAAGCUGGGGCGACCAAAAUUAGUGCUUACGUCACUCAUGGCGUGUUUCCACAAGAGUCCUGGAAACGAUUCACGGCAUCAGAUGUUCCUUUUGAAAAUUUCUUCAUAACGGAUUCAUUACCAUACGCUGAAGAAAUUGUAAAACACAGACCUUUUCAAUUAUUAUCUUUAACAACUGCCAUCGCCGAAGCUUUGCUUGGAUUUGAUCUCAAACAAAGUUAGUCAAGGACAGUUUGGCUCGAAGUAGAAGUUUGUCGAGUUCUACUGUGAGACACUUUCAAUUUCAUAUGGAUCUGAUAAUGGUAAUGCCAAGAUAUCGGAGUGCUGCGCGUUGGUUGCCGAGACAAUGAUUACGAUAAUAUUCAUAUGGAUGUGUUUCGCCAAGUACAUGUGAAAGUGUAAUUUCUGGAAGGAAAACAACUGUCAGAGAGUAAUGGAAACAUUUAGCACUCACUCCAUUAGUAACAAUACACAUUAAGUACAUAUACACAUGGAUUGACCAUCAAACUUUCCCAGACUCAAUGCGUUAUUAGAACACUGUAAUUAGUUGAAAUUAGUAAUCAGUAUCAAUUACGUACGUCUGCUUAAUUAUUACGCACGGUACUUGGCUAAUUAAUUCCAAGUCCUUAAUUAGAAUAUAUCAAUUAGUUAUUAGUAUCAAUUACGUCUGCUACAUUAUUGUAUUAUUAUUACAAAAUUGAUUCAUCUACAUUUCAUUGCACAGAAUUGCCGAGCAAAAUCAGACAACGAAGAACAAGUUUUUUGUCUAAAGCAUAGUCAAUGAAGAUAUGAUCUGGAGAGAGUUUUAAAUUUGUUCCAUUUUUUUGUUUAUUUCUAUGUAAAUUUGUGCACAGUAGAGAGAUUGAUUUUUGGCAUAACAGUGAAGCAACCAUCCAAUGGCACAAACGUACAGUGAAAAUAUUAACAAGCAAAAGUUGAGAAGAUUUAUUCAUAGUGAAGCUGUGUUUCCAACAUAAAAUCCUAGUUCGUUGUAGACACUUUGAAAUUUGCGGCAGACCAUAUCUUGAUUGACUAUACAUUGAUAAAACAUUAAAAUCCAGUUUCCUUCUGAUCUGCGUACAUAUUUUGUGUUACGUCAUUUAAAUGAGCAUACAAAUGAUCAUCAAUUACUUCCCCAGGCCUAUUGAGACCUGUAUACGUCGAUUGUUCAUCGUCUACUUGUUCAUAAUUGCCGACAUCAUCAUAAAUAUAUUGUGAAUUACUUACGUCAUUUGUCUUCUCCACAUUUGCUUUAGUGCUUGAUGAUUUGCGUCGAUGAUUUUGACAAAUAAAAUAUAAAGCGAUAAUAGUACCUACAAUGACCAGCAAUAUUGCUAAUGCUAUCAUUCCAAAAAGAUAGUUUUUUGAACCAUCAUCAUUGUCGUCCGUGUCUGGAACGUCACUUGGAACUUGACCUGAAAUUUGAAGUAAUAUUUCAAAUCCUCCAAUUCGGACUGGACUAGAUUUCAAGUCCUCGCAUUUUGAUCCAAUACUCGGCUUUGCCUCGGACUUGAUCAAAUUACGCUGACUUGAAAUCUAGUCCAGUCCUCAUAGUCGGAUUUCAAAUGUUACAUCUCAUACGAAUAAAUCACUACAAGUGUGGUGAAUUAAUUUUGAUUCAGUCCUAGGACUGGAUCAAUAUGUUUCAUCCAGUAUUAUCAUGUGGGCAAAAUAAAGUAAUAUGGUUGGCUAAUUUACUCAUGAAUUAUUAAUAAUUUACAACAUGUGUGAUCUUAAAUAAAGCUGGAAUGCAAUACUAUACCUG